AUAAAAGUUUGGACCUGCGCAGUACCUUGCAGUUUACACGUUAAAUCACUCUAUAUUGAAUGCUCCUAUGAAUGGUUUUCAAAAUGAUUUCAUGCAUAAGGAACGUGUUAUUGUGUAUCGUUUCUUUAAAUGUGUUUUGUAUUUUCUUGUACUCAUUAUACACAGUGUAUCACCAAAGAGUUAUACGUGAGAAAUUUUCUGACUGGAAAGCAGUUAUGUGUGAUGAUCCGAAGAAAAAUAUCACAAGCUCAGAUCUGGAUCUAUGUUGUGCUUAUAUAAAUGGUAUGCAACUGAAAUCCAGCAGAAAAAAGUACGAGCUCAGCCAGUUCAUACAACAACAAUCAAAAUUAAAACAUGCGGUACAGCCUGGUGGAAAAUGGUCACCGAGUGGGUGCGUUGCUAGACAACGGGUUGCAAUUAUCAUUCCAUUUCGUGGACGCCAGCAACACUUGACACUAUUGCUCAACGACUUGAUACCGUUGCUGAAGAAUCAACAGUUGGGCUUUCAAAUUUUCGUCGUAGAACAGUUCGGCUCAGCUGUCUUUAAUAAGGGUAGGCUAAUGAACGCCGGUUUCUUCGAAGCAUUCGGCCGGUCCUUAUUCGAUUGCUACAUAUUCCAUGACGUCGAUCUUGUUCCGGAGACAGACAUGAGCGUUUACACGUGUGAGGAAUGGCCUAAGCAUAUAUCCGUUGCAGUAGAUACGUUUAAUUAUCGUUUGCCGUACCCAAAUUUAGUCGGCGGAGUUCUUGCCUUUCGACCCGAACACUUUGUAUCGGUGAAUGGUUAUUCCAAUGAAUACUGGGGUUGGGGAGGAGAGGAUGAUGACAUGGCCGCCAGGAUGAUACAAAUGAAGUUGGGCGUUUGUCGGCAGUCGGCGGAGUCAUCGAGGUAUCGGAUGAUACCACACGAUCCCUCCGAAAUGCCGUUUCCUGCUCUCAGGUACAUACUUUUGGGCAACGCAGAAAGACGAAUGUUUAAUGAUGGCCUUUGUAACCUUGUGUACAAACUCACAUCCGAAUCUAGACAACCGCUAUACACGCAUAUCGUCGUGGAUAUUGGCUCUGAACCUUUGACACUCACACAACAGUAGCCCGUUGUAUUGUGUUGAACUAUUUAAUGUUUCUAUUUUAAAUCCGUACUGUAGUAUGAUGAUUUACAAUUUUAUAUGCAAAUGUGUUAUUGUAUGGGUUGACACAUUAAUUGAUAAAGGCAUUGAUCCAUUGAUAAAUUAAUAUUUUGCUGUUUUCAUAUGCCGAGUAAUGGAUUAGUGAACAAUGCAUGACAUAGCAAUUAGUAUGAAAGAAAUUUGUAUUGUGGAUAGUGUCGCUUUGUUCUACUACUACUAACUAUUGAUACUGCUUCUGCUGCUGCUGCUGCUACUACUACUACUACUUCUACUACUACUACUACUACUAGUACUACUACUACAACAACUACUACUACUACUACUACUACUUCUACUACUACUACUACUACUACUACUACUACUACUACUACUGCUAAUGCUACUGCUACUUCUACUGCUGCUACUACUACUACUACUACUACUACUACUACUACUACUACUACUACUAUUACUACUACUACUACUACUACUACUACUACUACUACUACUACUACUACUACUACUACUACUACUGCUACUACUAUUACUUUUUCUGAUACUACAACUACAACUCCAACAACUACUAUUACUACUACUACUACUACUACUACUACUACUACUACUACUACUACUACUACUACUACUACUACUGCUACUACUACUACUACUACUACUACUACUACCACCACUACUACUACUACUACUACUACUACUACUACUACUACUACUACUACUGCUACUACUAUUACUACUACUACUACUACUUUUUCUAACACUACAACACCAACAACUACUAUUACUACUUCUACUACUACUACUACUACUACUACUACUGCUACUGCUCCUGCUACUGCUACUGCUGCUGCUGCUGCUGCUACUACUACUACAACUACUACUACUACUACUACUACUACUAUUUCUACUACUACUACUACUACUACUACUACUACUACUACUACUACUACUACUACUACUACUACUACUACUACUACUACUACUUCUACUACUUAUACUUCUACUACUUAGGAUAAUAAUUAUAAGCAGUGCAACCGUCAGAAGACUCUAGCAAGGAAGUCGAUCCCAACACGGUUUGUGUGUGUGUGUGUGUGUGUGUCUGGUGAUUUGAAAUGUAUACACAUGGAACAGAUUUAAUACACAAUAACAAUACUGUUAUGAAACAUCGCUUUAAGUAUAGCUUUUGAUUUAUUUUAUUCACAACUCUUUGAAUGUGCCUUGUUGAACAACGAUUGAUUUAAUAAUUAUGUUGACAAAAUGGUAUAUUAUUUUAUUUAAUAAAUUUUCUUAAUAAAAAAUUUCACACCGGCA